CGCGCGUAGAUCGGUAUCGUCCCUUUUCUCGCUCCGGAUAGCGGCGCGAACUUCCGGUCGCCCGGAAUCUUGACCCAGUGACGAGGCGUAAGCGUUCGCGGAAAACGCAAAACGCUUCCGCGUCCCAGGCGGCUGUCGUCGUCGCGGUCGUCGGUUUCUGGGAAUUAAACCCCCGGGGUCGACCCGUUGCGUAAUUUCCUCCCCUCCUCCCGAGUACUUGUAAGAUCUCGCGUCUUUCCUUCUCUCCGUUCGCGGCUCACCCUCCGAGUUUUUCUCGCCGACGAGUUCCCCGAAUUCGCUGGCCGAGUGCUAAACUGAUUCCGGGAAUCCUGACGCUGUGCGGAGAAGAGCGGAUCGAACGUUCGAAACGGCUGUUAUACCUAUACCGCGACGAGCAGCGAAAUGGAAACGACGAAGUUCGACGGAGUUUCUCUCCCCACCGUGGGAGGCAACCCCCCCGAAAUAGUUGUUCCCGGAGAUUCUUGGAAUAUCGUCUGCAGUUUCCCCGGGACGAGGCCCUCUCGACGACCAGGUUGACCGGCAGAUGCAAUUGGGAGUUGUUAGUAACGAGAGAUGAAAAUUUGUCCCUGCCAAGAAGUCUUCGUGGCUGAUGCAACGUGGAGAACCUCUGGGAACUCGGAACGAAGUCUGCGUACAGUUCUCCACCGGACAAUUCUGUGGUGGAGGAACUUCCCACCAGCCAGUAAACGGUUAGAAUAGCGGUGGCAUUGGCGACACACGAUGAGAGAACACAGUGAAAAUGUGACGUCUGUAAGUGUUUCUCGGAGUGAUUCCUACCCCGAAUCGGACGAAGAUGAGGUCUCAACUGUCGAAGUCGAGGGUUACGAGCCGCACUCCUCUGAUGCGGUUGGACUUCCAGGCUUGGAUGCGAUCGACCAUGGAACCACCAUAGUAACUAUGACGAAUAGUAGCAAUGUAGAAGUUAAACCGAUAACGCAAUACAUAGGCCCGGUGACGAUACAUCAAUAUUUGAACAGGGCCGAGAGCCUUGAUCACCGAGGUCCCGUUGCUGCGCUUACUCCCAUUUCAGAAAGUACCAGCGAAACUGUCAACGAAAAUGUUGAACUUCCCAAGGAAUCCGUACCCAAUCAUACGCCACAUUCGCCUAAAGAAAAACUCUACCAUGCCAUGACAUCAAAUCUGCCACGCAAAUUGGGAUGCGUCCUCAUUCUGGCGGUCACCAUUACCAGCGUUGCAUUGGUCGUGUAUUUUACUGCACCCAAGAAAGAUUACGACGACAGCACGGUAACCUUGCCACCGAAUGCGGAUUCAGAGGAUGACCAUGACUUGGGCAACGACAUCCACAUACUGACGAGAAGGCGAUGGGGGGGCCGCCCUAUCCUGGACGGCUGGCAAAAUCGAACGCUCGUUCAUCCGGUAAAAUUGAUUGUCAUAGCUCACACGGCAACUUCUCAGUGCAAGACGGUGGAACAAUGCUCGUCGCAACUGCAAACUAUACAAGGUCACCACGUUGGAAAGUGGGACUACGUCGAUAUUGGGAUUAACUUUCUCGUCGGAGGUGAUGGAAACGUCUACGAAGCACUGGGCUGGGAUAUUCGUAACUACGUAAAGAACAACUCUAUAGAGAUAUCAUUCUUGGGGAACUACGUAUGGGACUCUGUCACCGACAAACAACGAAUGGCGGUUCAGUUGCUGUUGAACCGUGGAAUCGAACUUGGAAAAGUCGAUGAAAAUUAUUCCCUGGUCGCUCACAGCCAGGUUUACAACACCGAGAGCCCCGGAAGAUCUUUGCUGCAGGAUAUAAAGAAGUGGCCGCAUUACGACAACCGCACCUACACCUAGAGAAAUCUCAAAUCAGUCGCUAAAGCUUGUUACAUUAUUCAUUAGACACAAAUGACAUCGAGCCUUCUUCGGAGUGUUUGACCGGUGCCUGCACAGGUCUGACUCAAAGCGAGCACCGCUCAAGGCCACGGAUGUCGAGGGACAGGUGUAAUGUGAGUAUCCAGAUCUGACGUAUUUCAAUCAUAUACAAAGACAAUGGCUCUCAAUUUUUCGCAAUCGUACAAAAUUUGGUCCUCCGACGAGGGGGACUUUUCAAAUAUUUGGGGUCACUCUCUUUCCUUUGGGAGUCGAUGACUAUCUCCGACCUUCAAUGGUUUUUAUCUCCGUCGAUUCGAACUGCGAAUCCGUUUGAAAAUUUGCUCAAAACGUACAUCGGUUGAAAAGAAGUCUGGAACAGAAAGGUGUGUCGGGCGCAGUCGUGCCUUCGAUUUCUUCGAACAAUCCGUCUGCGUCGAUUGCUAUCUUUCAAGCUAUUUUUACCGUUCGAAAAAACUUUGAUAGUCAAUCAAUUAGUCAUUUUCUAUACCUACGUUGUUAUCGUACCACGCGUACGCAUGGGAACCGCAAUAUUGUUGUAUUGUAGAUUUGAUUCGACCAACGUUUAUAAAAUUUACAAAUAUCAACAAGAGCACACUUCGAUAUUUUUACAAAGAAACGAAAAAAGAAAUUAUCAUAUAAAAUAGAGAAAUACGCAUAUAUAUAUAUAUAUAUUUUAUACAAAUUUUACAAAAGUUGUUAUUGUAAUUAUAUUUAAAUGUAAGACUAUGAUGUGUCCAUUAUAAAAAAAAGCAAAACGAAAAAAAAAAAAAAAAAAACAAUGUUUUGAUGUUCGGCAAUAAAUUCCGUUUUUACAAUUUUUA